CAUAUCUAUGAGCACUACCACCACCCGCUUCGCCCACUUUCUUCGUGCAGGAACAUUCAGACCUGCUAAUCGCUCGGUUCCAUCAUACAACUCUACGCUCUUUUUUCGCAUCAAUGCAUCUGGUCCGUCGAACUUCAGGUUCUCUCGCUCCGAGCCAUCCGCCUUUGCCCGAUCCUUCCAUGCAUCGCACUCGGUACACGACUUUCAUUUCGACACCCACCACUUCGUGCAGCGGCUCGAGCGCGAAGGUCUCAACCGUGCGCAAGCAGAAGGCAUAAUGGGUGCCAUGGCAGAGGUCAUCGACGAGAGCAUUCGAAACAUGACAAGCAACAUGGUCACGAAAGCUCAACAGGAGAAGCAUCAAUACACCCAACAAGUCGAUUUCGCACAGCUGAAAUCCGAGCUGCAGCUUAUUGAGAAGAACGACCUCGCUUCUUUGAAGUCUGAUAAUGACCGUUUGGUUGCGGAUAUGGAGAAGCUGAAGCAGCGACUGCGCGAGGAGAUCACGCGUACGCAGGCUGGCGUUCGACUGGACCUUAAUUUGGAGAAGGGACGGAUGCGGGAUGAGAGCAGCGGGCAAGAGCUCAAGAUUAAGGAGGUGGAUGCGAGAAUCGAACAGGAGAUUGCAAACUUGAGGACGACGAUCCAGCAAUCGAAGGUAUUUUUCUUAAUUGUUUUUGGCGAAGCUUGGAUUACUGAACCCUUGGGUGUUUAGGCAACGACGCUGCAGUAUCUUGUUGGAUUCGUGACCGGUUGUUCUGCGCUUCUAAUGGCAUACCUGAGAUUCAGAGUAUAGAGCUUUGCAUCAUGCAUCGAUGUCGUUCAUUACAUUUGAACUCGGAGGACCCUUCGAUUGUAUCAUGAUCUAAUUUAUUAUCGCACUUACAUAAUUGUACAACUGUGAGUAGAUACUACGUCAUAUAUAGAUUCACAUUUAAACAGACAUAUA